AUCGCAACAGCAACGAUAGACGCUACUACCCGUGAUGGGUGAUUGCCGAAUUGACCAAACCGAGAAGCCGGCGGUAGUCAUGUCGUAGACGGAGCUGACGGUGAAAAGCUCACUUCGCGAAACACUCACGCUCUGCCAAUGUCCUCGGCAGCGGCCACUCCUUCGAGGAAGCGUCCGUACCCAAGAGCACGUCAUGCCUGCCUUCGAUGUAGGAAGCAGAAGCUGCGUUGCGACAACACUCGCCCCUGUGCCUUGUGCGUGCGGGUAGGAGUUGAAUGUGAGGAACGUCCGCCAAAAUCCCGGCCUUCGACAACACCAUCGUCCCAGCUGCAUCAUGAAGACCAACACGAGUCCUUGACGAGAACCUUUCAGAAUGACCGGCCACCCUCCCCAGGUACCUCAUUUCCAGGCGUGAGCCCUCCUUCAACCACACUGCGAGAUGUCGAGCCAGAACAUGUCGAAGCAGAAACUCCUCGCAUGUACCGACCGAGAACAUCGACAUAUGAGGUGGUGGAUCAAAUAUUCAAAGAACACAACCCGCAAGGAGCCAUCCAUCACACUUCUGCGGCGAUACCGGGCGGCAGCCCAGAGGCGAGAACAAGCACCAACGGCGUUCAAUAUCUACGGGUGUCGGACAUCAUCGGCGAAGAUCUACCUCCAUUCCAUGUCAUCGAUGUUACGAUUGAAGCUUACCUCAAUGCUGUACAUUGGUUCAUGCUCCUGAUUCACGAGCCGUCCCUCAGGACUGAGAUCCAUAAUUUCAAAACUACGGGUUGCGUUCGAGCUGAUCGAGUUCCGUCACUUAUCCUGGCUCUCCUCGUCAUUGCGGUUGGUGCUAAGUACGCCACAAGUCCCGCAGCAUUUCAAAAAUGCCCAGGUUUUGACCUAGACGGUCUCGGCAACAGGUUCAUUUGCAAGGCCGAAGAGAAGUUGCUUGACGUUUAUGAGGCAGCCGGUAUCGAGGCUGUCCAAAUCUCUCUAACCCUUUCUUCCUUCUAUUUGUACCAUGGCCGGCCGAGUCGGAGCGUCGCGGUCAAUGGAAGUUGUCUCAGAGUCGCUAUGAAUCUAGGAUUACACAAAGAGUCAAGCUGGAAGAUGUCAGAUCCUGUAACUCGAGAACUCUGGCGUGGUCUGAGCUGGGCUCUAUACACAGCUGAAGUCUUUGGCGCUCUAAGUUAUGGGACCCCAUGUACCAUCAGCGAUGAUGACUGGGAUGUCUCGCUACCUGAAGAUCUAGCGGACACCUCGGAGACAUGCCCUGGGUUUGACUCGAUUGAAACCUUUGACGGCGAGACGUUUGGCCCAGUCACAAUUUUGUCAUAUCAACGAUACAAAUUCCGGCUCUACCGGAUUGCUUCAUCCAUUACGAGGAACAUAUAUCGCAGCGGGGCAGCUUUGAACUAUAUUGUUAGUGAGAUAAAAGCUAUCAACAGACGUUUGCAGCAGUGGGAAAAGAGUAUUCCACAGGAACUACGCCUGCAGAACCUCACAGUCCCUGUCAGUGGCGAGCGGAACCAACAGAUCAUCAAGAUCUUCCAGCUCCAGGCUCUUGUCCUCCAGCUGUCUUACGACAACAUUCAGCUAGUGUUGCAUCGCCCUCUGCUGACACUGAACCGAGCACCUACAUUGCCACCAACAAACAGCACCACACAGAGUCAAGGAACAUUUGGCGACGCCAACGACUACACCGUGAACGAUCCAAACGACAUGAUCAAAACAAGCAGGUACCAAUGCUGGGUGUCUUCCAUCAGAACAUCGCGGAUUGGAGACUAUGCUGAAAUACUCUCGUCUUCACGCAAUACCCAUGGAGGCGCAUACGUUGGAAUCCAAUCAUUUACUGCUGGGGUGGUACUCGGCAUUUUCGCUCUCUCCGACCCAUUGUCCGACCAAGCCCACCAAGCGAAACGUGCUGUAAGCAAGAUAAUCAAACUCCCAAGUUUACACAAGUACCGAACAACGAUCUCCGACCAGUGCGGCGUUAUUCUGGAGGAGCUCCUCCGGCUGAUCCUUGCUGAGGAGAUGAAGGCUUUGCUGGUUGAGGGAGACGCCUCAGCCAAGACGAAUACCACCGAAACUGUCCACGGAGGCCAGUCCGUCGAUGAAUCGCUCAACAAGGUCAACCAAGCCAGACAGCAACGUUUUCAAGGGGUCGACUUUGAUCCUCCAAUGUCCAGUAACUAUGAGACUUCGGAUCUGGACACCUCAGGAAUCUUCCAUCAACACACGCCAGAAAUUCCUCGUGAUAUCUGCACCGGCAAUUUUAGCGAUGCGCUGUUAUCGUUACAAGAUAUUAGGACUUCCAACACUUUUGACAACACUACUCAGGCCUGGAUAUGGGAAGAUCUCAUCUGGCAGCCCGAAAUUACCUGAGACCUGGGUUAUCUCCUUGUCUCGUCGCCCAAAGCUCCCAGCCAGCUACGACUAAUUUUUAUGUCAUCUGGAGCAGAGCUACCAAUCAGGCCCCAUUCUAUUCCCUCAAGGCAGCGGAUCGAAGUCGUUGUCCAGCACGAACUCAGACGCGAGGAUUUCGUCGGUCGCACAACUUUCGGGAUUAUCAUCCUGAUUGUUGAGUAAACCAUCCAGGAUGAUAUCUUCCGGUGUCGAAAAAGGCACAAGUUUGUUGUUAUCCACGAGUCCCAUGAAAGGAACUUUAUUCACAACUUCAGCGCCGGGUCUGGCUGAUGCACAUGUCUUGUCCAUCGUUGGGGCCCUUCCACCGGACAGCAAUGGACUCUGUCCUACAUUUUCUUUUAGUCUCUGUGCUGCAGCGUUCAACAUGGCUAUUGUCGUGUCGGCAAUGUGAUAUGAUUUUCUGAAUUCGAGCAGGAUGCGCCAGCAGAGGUAAAAUUUCUGGAAGCUGAUUUCUCGAACAUCUGGAUCCUCCGACAUGCUGUACACCAAAUGGGUGACCACUGCUGGCUCCAAGACUGCGAUGGCGGUAUCCGGCAGGAAUUGUAUCAGAUUUUGUGCGUACAGUCCGCCGAAGACGUCCGUACUUGACCUGGUUGCCUGCAUGACCAGUCUCGCAGCGGUAUUGCUCAUCUUUGUAUCGAUCUGACGCCGUUGCGAUGGGGUGAGUAGGGGUCUGUACAUUGUCAUGAGGGUCAUCGAAUAGUAUCCUUCGAGCAAAGCUUUAUGAACUUGGACGAUCUUAUGCUCGUCGUCCGCGCCUACAGUCCCAGGUUGGAAUCGGCGAACCUCAAAGGGCAAAUAUGUAUACCAAGUCUGCAGCUCGUUGCCGCAUGUUUUGAUGUCGACAUGUUUCGGCCCAACCAUUCUGGGGACGAGCGAGACCACGGCAGGGCGGUGUCCGGAUGCAUCCUGAGCUGUCUGAGGCGCAUAUUGCGAUG